AUGGGUGUUUCACUGUGGACCAACGUGGAGCCUCGCUCAGUGGCCGUGUUCCCCUGGCACUCACUGGUCCCGUUCCUGGCCCCAUCGCAGCCGGACGCCCCCCCCCAGCCCCCCCCGGGGCUGCAGCCGGUCACCCACCCGCCGGCAGCCAAUCAGAGCAAAGAGCCCCCCGAGUCAGCCGCCAUUGCCCCCGAGUUGGGGGCGGGGCUAGAGCCCGGGCGCUGCGGGGGGGGCCCCGCGGCCGCCCAGCCCCCCCCCCGCUGCCCCCCCCCCCUGGCCCCGCCCCCCCCCGAGGAGGAGCCGGCCCCGCCCCCACCCCGACCGGACAGCGAGACUGAGAGCGACCAUGAUGACGCGUUCGUGUCCAUGGCGGCUCCGGAGCUGCCUCUGCCUCAGGCUCCAGGCAAGAGACGAACUCAGUCCCUGAGUGCCCUGCCCAAGGACAGGGAGGGGGAGAGAGACCCGAGGAGCCCAGGCAAGCGUGACAAGGAGCACAUCCGCCGCCCCAUGAACGCCUUCAUGAUCUUCAGCAAGCGGCACCGGGCGCUGGUUCACCAGCGACACCCCAACCAGGACAACCGGACAGUCAGCAAGAUCCUGGGCGAGUGGUGGUAUGCGCUGGGGCCAAGGCAGAAGCAGCAGUACCACGAGCUGGCCUUCCAGGUGAAGGAGGCUCACUUCAAGGCCCACCCGGACUGGAAGUGGUGCAACAAGGACCGGAAGAAAUCGAGUUCUGAGGUUGGGGCCAGAGCGGCCACCAAGGAGCGGAGCGCGUCCGAGAGCGGCACUGCAGCGCCCCCUGCAGGCUCCGCUGACCCCCCCGAGGCCUCAGUGGGGGCGGGGCCAGCCCCGGGUGGGGGAGGGGCUCAGCGGCCACGUGCGUUCUCACACAGCGGAGUGCAGGGAGGGGGAGGGGCCGAGGCCAGAGCCAGACACCUGCGGGAGCUGGGGCAGUUGGUGUCGGGGCCUCCCCCUCCCCCCGCCCCCCCCCGCGCAGCCAGCGAGGACAUGACCAGUGACGAGGAGCGGAUGGUGAUCUGCGAGGAGGAGGGGGACGAUGACGUCAUCGCGGAUGAUGGGUUCGCCCCUCCCCCCACUGACAUCGACCUCAAGUGCAAGGAGAGAGUCAGUGACAGCGACAGCGACUCCUCGGGGGAGGAGGGGAAGCCCUUCCCCCGGAAGCUGUUCCCUCCUGCACCUCCCCCCCCCCGCCCCUCCCCCCAGGACCCCUCCCCCCCACCUGGCCCCACGGACCCGCCCCCCCCAGGCCCCGCCCCCUACAAAGGGGCCCCCCCCGCCCCCCCCAAGCGCUUCGAGGGGGUCGCCCCUCCCCCCCCCCGCCGCAAACGGGCCGAGAGCGCCGGGGGGGGGGGAGGGGGUAAAGGGGCUCCCAUUGCGCAGGUGCAGUACAUCCUGCCCACGCUGCCCCUCCCCCCCCACGCCAAGGCCACGCCCCCCUCCCCCGCGGCCCCUCCCCCCCCUCCCGGCAUCCACUUCGCGCUGCCCCCUCCCCCCCCCCCCAACGGGAAGGUUCUGCCCAACCCCCCAGCGGCGGCCGCAGGCUCCGCCCCCAAAGUGCGGCCCCUCCCCCCGGCAAGCGCCUUCGUGCAGCCCCCGGUGUUGGGGUUCACGUCUGCCAUCGUCCAGCCCCUGCUGCCGGCCUCGGCCGGGCCGGUCCUCGCCGCCAUUUACCCAGGCCCCGCCCCCGGCCCCGCCCCUGGCCCCGCCCCCGCCACCGGAUUGGUCUACAGCGUGGCAGGCGCCGCCCCCUCCGUGGCCCCGCCCAUCCUGCCCAAGGGAGGCCCCGCCCCCAGCCAGGGCAAUGCAGCGGCCCCUCCCCCCCCCCAAGAGGAGCGCAAGGAGGGGGGAGGGGCAGGGAAGAAAGUGAAAGUGAAGCCCCCACCCCUGAAGAAAACCUUCGACUCGGUGGACAAGGUCCUGUCCGAGGUGGAUUUCGAGGAGCGCUUCGCGGAGCUGCCCGAGUUCCGGCCCGAGGAUGUUCUCCCCUCCCCCACCCUGCAGGCCCUGAGCACCUCCCCCCGCGCCAUCCUGGGCUCCUACCGCAAGAAGCGCAAGAACAGCACCGACCUGGACUCCUCAGCAGAGGAUCAGGCCUCCCCCAAGCGGAGGCUCAGGCGCCGCUCGAGCUGCGGCUCCGAACCCAACACCCCCAAAAGCGCCAAGUGCGAAGGGGAGAUCUUCACCUUCGACAGACCCGGGGGGGAGGCUGAGGAUGUGCUGGGGGAGCUGGAGUACGAGAAGGUUCCGUUCUCGUCCCUGCGGAGGACCCUGGACCAGCGGAGGGCGCUGGUGAUGCAGCUGUUCCAGGAACACGGGUUCUUCCCCUCCGCCCAGGCCACGGCCGCUUUCCAGUCUCGCUUCUCGGACAUUUUCCCGUCCAAGGUUUGUCUGCAGCUCAAGAUCCGCGAGGUCAGGCAGAAGAUCAUGCAGGCGGCCACGCCCCCCGACCAAUCAGCGCCCGCCGCCCCCGACCAGGCCCCGCCCCCCGACCAAUCAGCGCCCGCCCCCGACGCGCCCGGCCCCGCCCCCGACUCCGCCCACCCCGAGGCCACGCCCCCUUCGCCCGCCGCGGGGGGCGGGGCUCGCUGAGCAUUCCGAGGCCACGCCCCCUUCCCCCCCCCCCCC